AUGGCGAUCCACAAGCUUCCAUUUCUUCUCCUUCUCUCAAUCAUCCUUCUCUUCCUCAAUCGCCCUGUCCUUAGCGAUACCGAUGAAGAAGAUAUUCUUUUCAGAGACCUAACAUACGAUGCUAUGAAAAAACAAGAACAUCACAGAACCUAA